AAAAACGGCGGCGUUUCGGAAACGGGUCAUCUAUUUGGCGGUGGUUGCAGACGAAAAAGACGAGGAGAUUAGCGGUUCAGAGAGAAGCUGCCGACGACGUGUCUUUUGUAUGCUCCUUCACUCCGGCGAACUCAGAAAUAUCGUUCUCGUAAUGUACUGUACUUUGCGAUAUUCUUUGCCUCUUCAAAUCCCCCGAACUCGAACAAUGGCGUCCUUUAAGCCGAAACGACGCCGUGUGGAGCACUUGCGGUGCUGUGUUCAGCCUAGUCACCGUGAAGAUGACGAAGGGGCCGAUGAUAGGAGUGUUGGAGUUGAAGGACGAGUUUCAAUUGUGGUGGAGAGAUACGGAAAUGGCACUUCAAAAAGAUAUUUGCUAGAUGAUGAUGAUGAUGAUGAUUCCCCUUUACAAGGCUUUCUCGAGGAGCUUGAAACUAAGCCUUAUAACAUAUCUCAGAGCUCAAAUUCCUCAGAAACCAACACGAUUUGGCUUCCAGAUGUUGUUAAGGACUUUAUUUUUCCCACAGGCUUUCCUGGGUCUGUUUCAGAUGAUUACUUGGACUACAUGCUGUGGCAGUUUCCUACCAAUGUUACCGGGUGGAUUUGUAAUGUAUUAGUCACUUCAAGUCUUCUCAAGGCGGUUGGCGUUGGCUCUUUCUCAGGAACUUCUGCUGCCGCUACUGCUGCUGCUUCUGCUGCAGCCAUCAGAUGGGUGUCCAAGGAUGGAAUUGGAGCUCUUGGUCGUCUUCUUAUUGGUGGACGUUUUGGUAGCCUUUUUGACGAUGAUCCCAAGCAAUGGCGCAUGUAUGCAGAUUUUAUUGGCAGUACUGGAAGUUUCUUUGAUCUGGCUACACAACUAUAUCCAACCCAGUUCCUACUGCUGGCAUCCACGGGAAAUCUAGCCAAGGCUGUGGCUAGGGGAUUGAGAGACCCUUCAUUCAGGGUGAUUCAGAACCACUUUGCCAUCUCAGGGAAUCUUGGAGAGGUAGCAGCCAAGGAAGAAGUGUGGGAAGUUGCGGCUCAGCUAAUUGGUCUUGGUAUCGGCAUUUUGAUCAUUGACACGCCAGGCCUUGUAAAAUCAUUUCCCUUUGUGUCACUUACAUGGACGAGCAUAAGACUUGUUCAUCUCUGGCUACGCUACCAGUCGCUUGCCGUCCUAAGAUUUAACACAGUAAAUCUCAAGCGUGCUCGUAUGCUAGUUGAGUCUCACGUUGUACAUUCCACUGUACCAGGAUAUGUUGACUGCAACAAGCGAGAAAACAUUUUGCUGUGGCAGAGAUUCAUGAAACCUCGGAUCAUCUUUGGUGUAUCUCUUGAGGAAGUUUCUGGUCUGGAAAAUUCUGUUUCUAAGGUGAAAGCACUCCUUAAGAUGUACACAAAGGAGAAAUAUAUUCUUACAUUGAAUAAGUUGAACACGGAUACCGAGAUUUAUGUAUCCUUUAAGGUGAAUGCCACAAGCAGAGACGUGUUGAGAUGUCUUUGGCAAGCAUAUUGGUUAGAAGAGAACAUGAAAGGAAGCUUAAAAGACAAGGAUAGUGUGUUCCAGUGGCUGAAGCAAAGCUUGUCGGAGAUGGACAACAAGUUUGAUGAUUUCUUGUUCAAGUUGGAUACUGGUGGAUGGAAUCUACGUGAAUCUAACUUGAAGAUUCCAAACAAAGUCCUCAUCGAGCACGAAUCUAUCCCUCUCUAACAUUAGAGAUUCCAAACAAGUUCGAUUCUUUCAGACUCAUCACGGAAUCUCUUGAACAACACUAAGGUAAAUAAUACCAAAUCCUGUCAAUUUGAAAAUCUAUUAAUAUAUUAGGCGUCGAUUGUAGGUAAUUAGUAGAAUAUCAUUUGUUUGGUACAGCUAAUAUAGUUAGGAUAUAUCAGGCUGUGUAUGGCAACUUGUAUUGUUAUGACCUGAUCCAUAUAAAAUUAGGAGUAAAAGAAAAGAAAGUAUAAUAUCUAAUAUAAGCUAGUGUGGAUAAUAAAAGACAAACGGUGAGGUUUAAGGCCAAUGAUAGUGAUUAUUAUUCCUCCUUUGUUUGUACUUGAGUCGUCACCAUUAUUGUGCUUGCGUUUAUUUUAGAAUUUAGAGGUGGCCUUCCGGAAUUUAAAAAAACAAAAAGACGACAACAACAAUAUAUAAAGUUGAUUUGUAUAUUUACAAGAGAACCAAAAAAUGCGUCUAUCAGCUGUUAUAAUCUAGGGAAUAGGGGAUAUGUAUAUAAUAUAUUUCACUUGUAACAUACUAAAGCAAUCUAAAGGUAAAUUUGCUAUUUUGUGACAAGAGAAAAGUGAAUUCGCUUUCGCUUUAUUUUGUGUCUUCAUUACCGUUGUUUGAAUUAGGGGGUGUUUUUGAGUCAUGAUCGCUAUAUUAAAUUUGGUUUCCGUAAUAAAUGAUAUAAGCAAUCAAUCAUGUCACGAACAUAAACUAUUAUUGUUUGAUUCUUUUGUUUGCCCCUCAUCCAUAUUUUCAUUGAUUGCAAAAGCACAGGUAGGUCACACACGUAUUCUAAAGAACCCAAAUUAAAUAGAAUAAGAAAAAAACUACAUAUGGCCUUGGGAGAUCCAAGCAUGCAAAAUAAUUUGAGUAUUCCAUAUAAGUCAUCGAUUUCAGGAUUAACCAGGGUCCACUUUAAUUUACCGUAUGGAAAUAGAGAGACACGUACUCCAAAGCUAGUGUUUGGACCUACGGACCGCUCAUGAAUAGGACACGUGUCGCGAUUUCCAGCGGCAGCCAAAACACACGUCGGUCAGAUACUUCUAGCACUCUCUCACCACGAAGCUCACUUCCCACACUCACCGCCGCCUAUAGCAGCGACACACGUCCUGUCACCGGCGUGUCACCCGUUAGUUUUCGUAUUUUAUUUUCAAUUUCAGUUAAAUAAUAUUAUCCAAUACUUAUUAGGUGGGAUCCUGACGGGUGGGCUUUCUGGUAAUUACGUUAGUACUUUUCAGAAGCUUUUUUGUUUUUUGUUUUUGUAGUAGUAGUAGUAGUAGGAGAAGUGUUGCCGUUCCUUCUCGAACAAAAGAAAAACAUAAAAAGAUCUUUAGACGCUCCUCCCCUUUUUUUUGUAUAUUUUUUAUAUUACUUACGUGUGCUCUACGCGAAUCUCUCUCUCUCUCUCUCUCUCUCUCUCUCCUUCUCUUGUUCCUGUCGCUACCUUGUGGUUGAGU